UGAUCACAAGAACUGUCUGCGAAGGAGCAGUUACCAGUGCUCACAACACAGCUCAUCAGAAUCUGAUUUUUAAACAACUAGCAAUGUCAUACAAAUUAGUCCAUCCCAUAAUACUCUCUCAUUUGAACUGUUAAGGUGUGGGGGAGAAGGAGGAAAAUACCCUGGGUUUUUUUAGCCUAUGCCUUUAAUGUACUCACGUCUGCAAUACUGUAGAUAUGACUCUUCUGCAUAGCAAACUGGUUAAUCAUAGCUACAGUGUGGUAGCUAUGACUCUUCUGCGUAGCAAAUGAGUUUGGAAAGGCACCAUAAACCAAAAGUUCUUUUAGACACAAUGGAGAGGCCUUCCUUGGAAGUUAACCUGUCCGAUACUCAGGAAGAAGGGAAACUUUAUGUAGUUGAUUCCUUAAACAACCUAAACAAACUAAAUGUUUGUCCAGAUGGAGCCCAACAUGUGCUAGAUGAGGAAGAGGACAUUGGUGCUACUGAAGAAAACAUGGCAGGGAGCAACAUAAGAAACCAGCGUUUGUUCUUCGUCACCUUCAUUCUUACUUUGAUCGUUAGUUUGGCACUUGUUUCAUUCGUAAUAUUCAUAAUAAUUCAAACUAGAAACAAGAUGGACCAAAUAUCAAGCAGACUAAUAGCUGAAAAGAAGAACAUAGAAGAGCUUAAGAAAAUUAACAACAUGAUAUUAAAACACCUACAUCAAUCAGGAAUUCAGAAAAGUGGGAGAUACUUCUUCACAGAGUCUCCUGAUCUUCGUGAUUACCUCUUUACCCAUGCUGAGCUGAAAGUCCCUGAAGAAUAGAUCUUUGGAAUGAAAUUCGAGGAUAUUCAUGUACUCAAGACAUUUUCACAUAUGGCACACGGGUUACUUAAACAUUCUGAUAUGGUCACAGGAGCAUUAGAAAGGCCAGAUGUAUGAAAGAUAGUAGAAAACAGUAUUUUAUCCUGUUUCAUAUGAAUAUAGAGUUGACAACUAAGCCCAUAUGAUUUAAAAUAAACAAUGGAUUGUCAAUAAUUUUGGGCAAGAGUUCCAGAUUCUCUGUGCAUUGUAAAUGACAGGGCUAAGGGCUUAGUUUUACUUUAAAUGUGAGUGAUCACAGAAAAUAAUAAUUUCUGUUCACAUGAUUCCAGCAUGACUUUAUUCACUUAGUCAUUCUCCCAUUUUUUUGGAACAAAUUUUGUGUUUGCUUCUAUAUUAUUUGUAUUUCAGGAUAACUUCAGAUUCCUUAACUUAUAAAUAAAUCCAGUUCUGCCAUGGA